ACAGUCUACUCUCAGCAAACCAGCGUCGUCGAGCACAGCUUACUCUCUUCUCGGCAAAACUGUCACGGCAGAUCGGCGGACGCCUGUGUCGGAGUGCGCAGACAGGCCCAGGCAGUACAGUGCCUCUCGCCAGAUAUCAUGGCGCAUACUAGUGAUGUGGCAGCAGGAACCUCAGAAAGUAAAUGUUUUCCCUCCAUACCUGCUGAAAACACAUGCUCUACCGAUCCCAGUCGGAGGAAAGGAGCACGAAGGACCUUGGCCGUGGCGGUAGUGGGUUGCCUUUGCCUGGGGUGGGCCUCGGCGUUCCGGCCGUCGUUUCCGGGACAGAUGGGCACGUACCGAAACAGCCCGCGUUUCUUCGCCCGCCUUAGGAGGGAGGGAGGGAGGAAGGGAGGGAGGGACGGAGGGAUUCUCUUCAUGCAGCAGCCUCAGCCUGCGCCUGCGCAAGGGAACAGCUUCCCUCCGCGAAGAAGUCUGGAUUCGUACGAGGGAGGAGGGGGAGGAGGG